GCGGCGCUCGGCUUCCCCGGGGAAACGUGCGGCUUGUCCGAGGCCAAGGAGAGGCUGCGGAGGCCGACGCGCGCUCCUCGGCGCCCCGCGCUCCCUCCGGCGUGGAGCUUCCCCGGAGGAGGCGGCUUUAUAACCUGCCGGGAUGUCGACCUACAAGCGGGCGACGCUGGACGACGAGGACCCCUUGGAGGGCGACGGCGACGGCUACCCCAACGGCUUCCAGGUGAACUUCCGCGGCCCGCGGAGCGGCCUGGGCUGCUGGGCCGAGCGCACGCGCACGGAGAAGCAGCUCGCGGCGCUGGUGGCCGCGCUGGCCGCCCUGCUGGCCGGCUGCCUGCUGGGCCUCGUCCUGCAGUACCGGGCCCGGCCGCCGGCCGUGUGCCUCUCGGAGGCCUGCGUCUCCGUCACCUCCGCCAUCCUGGGCUCGCUGGACCGCGCCGUGGACCCCUGCGAGGACUUCUUCGGCUACGCCUGCGGCGGCUGGAUCAAGGCCAACCCGCUCCCCGACGGCCACUCGCGCUGGGGCACCUUCAACAACCUCUGGGAGCACAACCAGGCCGUCAUGAAGCAUCUGCUGGAAAACGCCACGGCCAACGUGUCGAGCGAAGCGGAGCGCAAGGCGCAGCGCUACUACCGGGCCUGCAUGAACGAGAGCAAGAUCGAGGAGCUGCGCGCCGCCCCGCUCGUGGAGCUCAUCCGGAAGCUGGGCGGCUGGAACGUCACGGGCCCCUGGGCCGGGGGCGACUUCAAUGCCACGCUGCGGGAGGUGACGGCCCACUACCGCACCUCGCCCUUCUUCUCCGUCUACGUCAGCGCCGACUCCAAGAACUCCAACAGCAACGUCAUCCAGGUCGACCAGUCGGGCUUGGGCCUCCCGUCCCGCGACUACUACCUGAACAAGACGGAGAACGAGAAGGUGCUCGCCGGGUACCUCGACUACAUGGUGGAGCUGGGCACCUUCCUGGGCGGCACCGACGAGGCGGCCACGCGGCAGCAGAUGCAGCAGAUCCUGGACUUCGAGACGGCGCUGGCCAACAUCACCAUCCCGCAGGAGAAGCACCGCGACGAGGAGGUCAUCUACCACAAAAUAACGGCUGGAGACCUCAAGGCGCUGGCACCGGCCGUGGACUGGCUGCCGUUCCUGUCCACCGUCUUCUACCCCGUGGAGCUCAACGAGUCGGAGCCCGUGGUGGUCUACGCCAAGGAGUACCUGGAGCAGGUCUCCGACCUCAUCCUCGCCACGGACAAAUGCCUCCUCAACAACUACAUGAUCUGGAACCUGGUGCGGAAAACCAGCCCCUUCCUCGACCAGCGCUUCCAGGACGCCGAGGAGAAGUUCAUGGAGGUGAUGUACGGGACGAAGAAGACCUGCCUCCCGCGCUGGAAGUUUUGCAUCAGCGACACAGACAACAACCUGGGCUUCGCCCUGGGGGCCAUGUUCGUCAAGGCCACCUUCGCCGAGGACAGCAAGCAAGUGGCAGAGGAGAUGAUCGCCGAGAUCAAAACGGCCUUCGAGGAGAGCCUGGAGACGCUGCGGUGGAUGGACGAGGAGACGAGGAGAUCCGCCAAGGAGAAGGCAGAUGCCAUCUACAACAUGAUCGGCUACCCCAAGUUCAUCAUGGACCCCAAGGAGCUGGAUAAAGUGUUCAACGACUACGAGGCCGUGCCCGACCUCUACUUCGAGAACGUCAUGCAGUUUUACAACUUCUCGGCCAGGGUCACCGCCGACCAGCUCCGGAAACCGCCCAACCGGGACCAGUGGAGCAUGACACCGCCGACGGUCAACGCGUACUACUCGCCCACCAAGAACGAGAUCGUCUUCCCCGCCGGGAUCCUCCAGGCCCCGUUUUACACCCGCGCCUCUCCCAAGUCGCUGAACUUCGGUGGCAUCGGCGUGGUGGUGGGCCACGAGCUGACGCACGCCUUCGAUGACCAAGGCCGGGAGUACGACAAGGACGGCAACCUGCGGCCGUGGUGGAAAAACUCCUCGGUGGAGGCCUUCAAGCGGCAGACGGCGUGCAUGGUGGAGCAGUACAGCAACUACAGCGUCAACGGCGAGGCCAUCAACGGCAAGCACACGUUGGGCGAGAACAUCGCCGACAACGGGGGCCUCAAGGCCGCCUACCGGGCCUACCAAAACUGGCUGAGAAGGAACGGCGAGGAGGAAACACUCCCCACCCUCGGCCUCACCAACUACCAGCUCUUCUUUGUGGGCUUCGCGCAGGUGUGGUGCUCGGUGCGCACGCCGGAGAGCUCGCACGAGGGGCUCAUCACCGACCCGCACAGCCCCUCGCGCUUCCGCGUCAUCGGCACCGUCUCCAACUCGCGCGAGUUCGCCGAGCACUUCGGCUGCCCGCCCGGCUCCCCCAUGAACCCCCCCAAGAAGUGCGAGGUCUGGUGACGGGCGCCCGCCCCGGGGCACCGGCCCCCGCCGCGUCCCCCGGUCCUUCCCCGAGGCUCAAACCACUUCUCCGUGCACCGAACUGCCCAGUGCUCAGCCGGCGCGGCGCCCGCUGGCGCCCGACGUUCGACCCACUGUGAAAACGCCUUCCCCUCGCUCGCUCCUGGAAUGACUUUGGGUUGGAUUUGGGUUUUUUUUUUUUGUUUUUGUUUGUUUUUCCCCACCUUGACCAGGCUGCGUGUCGAGACACGCGUGCCCGCAGGCGCCAGCCCGUGUUUGCCCGCGUCCCACGCGCCGCCCCGGCGAAGGCAACGAGGGUGGAAAGCACUUCGCGAUAUAUUUGGGUGGGGGGAAGUAUUUUUCUAGCGUUGUGGAAUACACUGGAAGAUUUCAGGGAAAACGCGUUUUAAAGCUUUUUUUUUUUUUUUUUUUUUUUUUUUUUAAACAAAGGAUUAGUAUAUUUAUUACUUUAUUUUAUUAUUUUUUUGGAACCGGCGCAGCCGUAGGUGCAGCCGCCUGGGGCUCCCAGGGCCACGGAUGCAGCCGGCCGGCCCUGGAGCCCCGUUUUUUCCCGGAGGACCAUCCUGGGAAGCCGCUGAUGGGGGAAAGCGGGGCCUUGGGGACAGGAGGGAGAGAGCCCGCCGGGUCGGAGACAGCUUUAAUUUCCGAGUGCAAAGGGAAAAAGUUGAUGUGCCAAAGAUGCAAGCGGGUGGCGACGGCGCGGCCGGAGCGCCCGGCUCUCCCUCCGGCUCCGGCUGCGGACCUGCGUUGCUUCCCCGGCGGGCUCCUUUCUUUUUUAAUUCUCUUUGCAAAACCCCCUUCCUGCAAAAAGGGACGCGUGGCCUGCCGCAGCCCGGGCCGCUGACUUCGUGCCCGCUGAGCCGCGGGAGGUGCGGAUCGGCCCGCGGUCCUCGCGGACGGGUCCUGCUGCUUCGCUCGCCGCCGCCCGGGAACUGCAAGCCCCGACGUCGGGGCCAGGGGCUUCCUGUGGGCUUUCUAAUACUCUUCCUGCGGUUUUUGGAAGGAAACCACUGACGGUAGCUCAGGUGCCCGCGUGUUGUCUCGCGGGGCACUUUCUUGCUCUAGGCGGAAAGCAAAGAUGUAGAGGGAUUUUUAAUAUUUAUAUGUAAAAGGAGGGAUGGGGGGGGAUUUUUUUUGUAACUGUUUUUUCAUCUUUCAGUGUGGGGCUUAUUGUAAUUGAAAUAAAUACUUUCUACUGGG